UGUGCCCACCUAUUCUUAUUCACCAUAGAGGAGAUUCCCACUUCACCAUACAUGUUUUAUUCAGAUGAUACUGUGUCGCUUCAUUAGUUGCUUUUAAUCAUUGCUUUCCGGUUCCAUCCUAGGAUCGUUUUAUGAUACACUGUUUAAUACAACUCAUACAUUCAGGCUGGUAAUGCUGGUUGUUAUCUUCGUUUAUGUACUAAAGCGCACCAAUAUCCUGUCGUUUGAAAGACAAGCCGGGAAACAUUUUGCAAAAUGUCUACACUCGUGAACACUGGCCGUCUGGCGACAGCCCCAUCAUACCAAGGUGACCUGAAAGAGGACGAUAACCUAAUGUCAGCCCAAAGCUUGCCCAGAGGCACAACAGGAAUCGUCGGAUCAAGUGCAACUGGUAUUAGGAAGCGUCUAUUAGAAGCAAUCCAGCUAGGAAAGGGAGGACAAUAUGUUCUUGUCACAAAUGUUAGCCCUGACCUAGUAGAGCAGUCGAUCGACAAGCGUGUUGACGUAUUUGGUUGUAAAUGCCAAAUUACAUACGACGCAGACACUCGACGAAUGAUCGUUAAGCUCCCCGGUGGCCCACAUGAGAUUUCUUCGGGAUUCUUUGAUUUGGAAAUUGCCUACCAAACCCAAUUAAUGAAUCUUGCUCAUGCAUUAAAAGCAACUCGUUCUAAAACACACAAAGAUGGCAGCUACAUAAAGGAACCGGAUUCUUGUUUCCGUCCAAGGGUUCUCCCCCCGGGGAGGUCAAUCAAAUGGCCUACACUUGUCCUCGAAUGCGGGUGGGCGGAGAGCCUACGGCACCUCAGAGUGAAUGCAGACUGGUGGAUCUCACACUCAAAAGGCGAAGUCAAAGCCGUCAUCAUUGCGUCUAUUAAGAAAGAUCCGUAUAAACUUCAUAUCGAGAGAUAUUCUGGUGUACAAUCACAAACCAGAGAACGCCCACGGUACGCCAAAGCCCUGGAGCAAACCGUCAAAGUCUAUCGUGCCUCGAAUGGGAUCGCCAAAACUGUGGGCCAUCCCUUGAUCAUACCAUUCGCGCAAGUCAUGCUCCGGACUUCGAACGGGCCCCCGGAGGGCGAUUUCAUCUUCGAUCAAGCAAAUCUGAUAGAAAUGGCAAUCGAUGUCUGGGAUGAGCCCGUCUAAAUAACUUUACUACAGAAUCGCUAAGUCUACAGAUGUGGAAUUUGUCAAGAUCACCAUCAAAGACUCAAUCUAUGAGUAUCUACUGAAAAUGCAUACUCGAAAAACGGCCAAUAUUUCCAUUACUAUGGGGGAUGAUGUUUUGAAGGAUCAAGGUUCGAUCAUCGGUCUCAUCAAGAUGUUUGGGGGGGACAGUCAUCGAAGAGCCAACAGGUGGACUUUCCAUUCAACGCAACCAUUAACGCAGACCUAGUGGCAUAUUCUGCUGAUGAAUCUUUCUUUUCCGCAUUGGAUUGAACUUUGCUAUCAUUUUCGUUCAAGUUUUAUUAGUUCUAAUAUUUUUGAGGUUUUUGGUUUUUUUGAUAGCUGGUUUUCUCUUCCUAGUUUCUGAUCUUGGUCGACAAUUGAUUCUUAUACUGCUAUUUACUGCUUGAAUUGGAAGUUUGAUGCCAUCAUUUUAAUAUUAUAUUAUUUGAUUUGGCUUUGAAUGCACUUGGCCUUACUUCAUUGGCUAUCACUUGA